AGCACCGAACAGCCAGGAGGCGCGAAUAAAGAUACUGCGGGUGUUAGAAAGAGGCAGCUUGAAGAAGUUAGACCAAAUAGCACAAAGGUAUUGCAGCAAGAUGGAUUUGGGAAAGCACCAAUCUCAUUUGACGCCCCAUCAGACAUCUGAUCUUCAUCAAGGAAAGCAUCAUGUUCCAGAUGUCAUUGGAACUUGGAGUUUGCGAAACAGAGAGCAGCUGAGAAAAAGAAAAGCUGAAGCUGAAGAAAAGCAAACUUCACAAUGGCAGUUUGGGUAUGAGAAAAAACACAAGCGACAGAGAACAGGAAAUGGAAAUCAAAGAGGCAGAAAGAGACAGCACAAUAUAGAACUGAAGGUGGAGCCUCCAUCACAAUUAGAAAAGGAAACGAGGGAGAAAACACUACCACCGACAGAGAAAGAAAAUGAAUUACCUAAGAGUGUAACUGAAGCUCUCCCUCUGGUAGCCUCCCCACAAAGAGUUGUACCUGAGAAAAAAUUGUCUGCAACAGGUCAAGAAAGCAUUAUAGAUCAUAAAAAUUCUUCUGAGUACCAAGAAACAACAGUACAAAACCAUUCUUCUAAAAUGUGCCAUGAUAUGGCUGAACCGGAAGACCGCUCUCCUAAAAUGUGCCAAGAAAUAGCUGUAAUUCAAGACCAUUCUUCCAAAAUGUGCCAUGAUAUGGCUGAACCGGAAGACCGCUCUCCUAAAAUGUGCCAAGAAAUAGCUGUAAUUCAAGACCAUUCUUCCAAAAUGUGCCAUGAUAUGGCUGAACCCGAAGACCUCUCUCCUAAAAUGUGCCAAGAAACACCUGCAGCCAAAGCCCUUCCUUGUAAAACACAUGAAGACAGAGUUGACAUGGAAGGAUGCUUUCUUGAAGCAUACCCCCAACCAGAUGUGCCUAAAGGCUACGCUCUUGAAACAUGCCAAAAAAGAGCUGAACCCAAAGAAGACUCUACUGAACCAGGUGAAGGAAUAGCUGGGACUGGAAGCUUUUUUCCUAAAAUAAAAGAAAUAGCUGUCCCUAAAAACCUUCCUACAAAAAUAUACCAAGAAACAGAUGAACCUGAACACUUUUCUCAUAUGGCAAAUACUAAAGAAAUUGCUGUGUCUAAAGCCCUCUCUCGUAACACAAUCCAAGAAACACCUGCUCCUGAAGAAUGUCCAGCUGAUAUAUACAUAUACCAAGAAACAGCUGGGCCUGAAGACUGUGCACCUGAAAAACACCAAGAAAUGCCUGGGCCUGAAGACCUUUCUACUAAGACAUAUAAAAAUAAGGAUGUGCCUCAAGAAUGCUUUCCAGAACCAAACCAAGAAGCAGGUGGGCCACAAGGCCAGGAUCUUAAAGUACACCAGGAAGGUGCUAAGGAUGUUUUUCCUCAAGAAGUGAAAGAAAAGUCCAAAGCACAAGAUUCAGAGAUACCAGCAAUUCCAAAUGUUCCUCAAGAGAUUAAUCCAGAAAAUGAUGUCUAUAGUUAUGUUUUGUUUUAA